AUGACUGCUGUGAGCAACUACUACCCGCUUGGGUCUACGGUGCCACCCUUCACUCCGCAUGCGAUCUCUGUUUCGCUCCCUACGUGGGCGGACAAUGUGGGAUAUGAGGAAGGAGAAAAGCGUGUCGUUGAUGCAAUGGUGUCCGGAUACCCAAGGUUCUUUAUACACCGAAGCAUCGAAAAACUUGCACGGAUAUGCGAGCAAAAAUUCGGGGCAGCCAACGAAAAAUGUAUGCUAUACCCAUCCAAGAAGAUCGCAGACCGGUGUCGAUCUUUUAUGCUUGAUCGAGCAUCAUUAGCAGGCACACCAACGCACGCGCGGCUCGUGCAGUACCACAUUUAUCCCGAGGACACUCCCGUGCCAUCUCCGCAACCCACGAUGGAGCUACACAUCGUUUUAUUCCCCACAGAUGCAUGGUCUUUUGCGAAACAAUUCUGGCAGCAUACGGGUCUCGGUAUCUCCUCUCGCUUCGCGGACUGCUGUCUCUCCCUUCUCCCGGCGGAAUCACUAAAUUCUUCAGUACCCUCGCCAACGUCUCCCCGUGCUCCAUUCAAGGCGCUGAACAAACACUAUAGUGUCAAGCGUGCAUCACAAUUGUCGUCCUUCGGAUCGGCUCCUCCACCCCGUUCCAACCCACAAGACGCACUCAGUAAAGACCAAAGCACCUAUCUUGAAGAGCGAUACGGGAGAAACCUCCCGGUUAGUGCGGGUUCUCAUGCAAAGCGAGCUAUGCGCAGACGAAUUGCUGGUGUGCUCGUCAGAGACAACUGGGAAGACAGCCCGCAUGGUCCAUGUGCAGGCGCAAACGAUGUCGAAGUGGGGCCCAGCCACAGAAGCGUGAAGGAUGUGACUGAAGAUGACGUAUACUUGUUCCAAACGGGCAUGUCUGCAAUCUGGACUGCGCAUCAAUUGGUUCUAGGCACACGGCCACCAGCCAAGAGUGUGUGCUUUGGAUUUCCAUACACUGAUACCCUAAAAACUCUUCAAAAAUGGGGUCAUGGAUGUCAUUUCCUCGGACAUGGUGUUGACUCUGACAUAGACACGCUAGAGACAAUUAUCAAGCAGGAGCUUUCCGCGAACCCUUCCGCGCUGCCUAUUGCAGCUCUUUUUGCAGAGUUCCCAUCAAACCCUCUCCUUCGCUCAGCUAACCUCUCCCUCCUCCGUGCCCUUGCAGAUAAAUAUAAUUUCGUCCUCGUCAUAGAUGAGACUGUUGGAAACUUCGUCAAUGUCGACGUGCUGCAACAUGCAGACAUCGUUGUGAGCAGCUUGUCCAAGAUCUUUAGCGGUGAAUCAAACGCUAUGGGGGGAAGUUUAAUUCUCAAUCCUCAAGGUCGCCACUACGCUGCGCUCAAGGCAUACAUGUCUGCUACCUAUGAAGACACAUACUUUGAUGAGGACGCAGUCUUCAUGGAGCGCAACUCCCGAAACUUUGCACAGCGCAUUCGCAUUAUCGACGAAAACGCGCUCGCCGUUUGUGAGUACUUACGAUCGAGAUCCAUCGCAGGUGGAACAUCCCUACCAUCUCCUGUUAUCAAAGAGGUGUUCUACCCAAAAUAUAUCACGCCUGAAAACUACCUCGCAUGCAAGCUUCCGGAAGGAGGCUACGGAGGGCUAUUUUCACUCACUUUCACCUCGUCUGCUGCUUCGCAUGCUUUCUUCGAUAACAUGCCGUUCCAGAAGGGCCCGAGUCUUGGAACGAACUUUACGCUCGCGUGUCCGUAUACCAUUCUUGCGCAUUAUUUCGAACUUGGAUGGGCAGCGGAGUAUGGUGUAGAACAGGGCUUGGUGAGGAUUAGUGUUGGGAUGGAGGAAAGAGAGGGGCUUCUGGAGGGUUUCGAAGUCGCUCUUAAAGCUGCAGAAGUUGCAGUGUGA